GAACGAAACUCAUCCAUAACUUCAGAUCCUCCAUAACUAAUAACUCCAUAACUUUGAUAAUUAUUCGGAGCUUAAAACCAUAACUAUAUACCAAUCUUGCUAAAGUUACAACUUCAGUGUUGUUUGACGAACGAAGCGCUUAUUACGAAAUAUUAAUUCUAUACGGGACUCAGUGAAAUUUGAACGCACCUUUCACUGACAGGUGGUAAGUUGACAGCGUAUACGGCCUCGAAAGAAAUUUUUAACGUUUAUUUUUACCAACAGUACUGCGUCAGUCUUAUCUAUAAACAUGCAGCAGUUAACAAUAUUUAUGGAUAUCGAAAGCUCCCGUUCGUACAUCGAUGAGAUCUAUUCGUCAGAAGCACCGAAGGUUAUGGAAGCCCUGGUGACACUAAAGAACUCUGUAAUUGGCAGCAACAGACAGAAAAGUUCAGUGAUACAACAGGGGGUCGUGCCGAGGCUUCUACAGUUAAUAUCAGACGAAACCUUGGAUCCAAAUAUACGGCUUGAGGCUACAGUAACUAUAGGUUCAUUAGCAAAAGGCACACCAGCAAAUGUAGCAUCUUUAGUGGAACAAGGUGCCGCCUCUGCUUUAGUAGAAUUGCUCAAAGUGGUACCAAUUGGAACAAAACUUGCCGAGGCGGCGCUAUGUGCAUUGCGAAGCAUAUUCAUGCAUCCGCCGGCGCCUGUGGGUGCUCUGCCAGCCGACAUGAGACUUCUAGCUCGGCUAACACAAAUAGCGCGCGAGGGUUCGCCGACGGCGCGCGCGUGCGUGGUGCGCAUCCUGUCGCUGUGGUGCAUGGGCGCGGCGGAGCAGGAGGCGCUGCGCUGCGCGGGCGGGUGCGGCGCGGCGGCGGCGCUGCUGUCGGCGCCGGCGUCGCCCGCGUACAACUCGCCGGCGCCCGCGCCCGCGCACGCGCCCGCCGCCGUGCUGCCCGCGCUGGACCUGCUCGCCGCCAUGUGCUUCGAGAACGCUAACGUCUCGCAGGUCGCGCUUAAUACCAGGCACGGCGACAAGUCGAUCCCGGAGUUGUUGUCGCGGCUGGUGUCGCGCGACAAGCCGCUGCCGGUGGCGAUGGGCGCGGCGCGGUGUCUCACCUUCAUACACCGGGCCGGGGCGCUACCGCCUGAUGAUCAUAGAGUGGUGUUUGGAGCGUUGCCAUGUUUAGCUCGUCUAUGUACUAAGGAAAUGCCCGAGGACAUACGAGCGUCAGCCGCCGAAACUCUUGCCUAUUUAGCUGAAGUGGACACGGCGCUGCAACGCCUCGCGGCCAUAUCGAACCACCUGAUGAGUUCGCUGGCGGACAUCGUGACGUGCGAGUCGGCGGCCGCCAAGCAGGGCGCCUUCGCUUUCGCCUCGCUCGGCGCCAACGACGAGGACAUCCGCAAGAUGAUCAUCGAGACCCACGGACUCAUGGUGCACGUCGUCGACGGCAUGAACAACUCCGAGCCAGCGGUGCGGUUAGCGGCAGUGAGGUGUUUACAUUCAUUGUCCAGAUCGGUGCAACAACUCAGAACCACAUUUCAGGACCAUUCAGUAUGGAAACCUCUCAUGCAACUCCUCACAGAUUCCCCCGGAACUGAGCUACUUACCGUCGGUUCAUCUACAUUGUGCAAUCUCUUGUUAGAGUUCUCACCCGCCAAGGAGCCAAUGUUGGAUCAAGGUGCUGUAGAAAUGUUGUGCAACCUAACGAAGAGGCCCGAGGCCGCGCUAAGGCUCAACGGCAUAUGGGCGCUAAUGAACAUGGCCUUCCAGGCGGAACAGAAAGUGAAGCAACGCAUCCUAUGUUGCUUGGGCACGGAGCAGAUGUUCAGGUUGUUGGGAGACAGUGACACGCGAGUGAUAAUGAAGACCCUGGGCCUGUUGAGGAACCUGCUGUCCACCAGGCAGCACAUCGAUGCUAUUAUGAGCGAAUAUUCCUCGCAAGUUAUGCAGGCUGUGAUAGUUGUGUUAGAGGGAUCUUACCCCGCGGAGGUCAAGGAGCAAGCGCUGUGUAUAUUAGGCAAUAUUGGCGACGGCGAGAAAGCUAAGGAUCUCAUCAUGGCCAAUGAGGAUGUGCUAAGGAAGCUCGUCGACUAUCUGGCACAUCCCGAGAGCAAGUUACAGGAGGCGGCCGUGUUCGCGGCGGGCAACCUGGUGUGGCGCGGAGAAGCGGGAGCCGCCGCCCGACAGGCGCGCCUCGCCGACCUCGGCGUGCUGCGCGCCCUGCGACACCUGCGCGCGCAACACCACGCCGACCACCUACACGAUAAAGUUAAGACGGCGCUGGCGCAAUUUAAUGAGUUCACAUAAUAUCACAAGAGCCACAAGCACAAGCGCUCGAGGAGAAAGUGACUGUCGUGCGAUGUGCUACAGGAGUGAGCUUGUGAUUAUAACGGUGACUACAGUGAGCUACCAAGUCAUAAUACUUAGGGGGAAACGACGACGCCAACCUCACCAUAGACAACACCUAUAUUGUACUGACGUUAGGAAUUGUGUACUAUAAACAUCACCCUAUAUACAUAGGAAAUCUUCGUACUAUUUAAUUUAAUUUCAAAUCAUAAUUGAUUUGGUGCCGUCGUGUUCCAAUAAUUAAUCAUGUAGAUUAAGAGUUGCAGCAUGCUUGCAUGCGUUGUCUCGGACUUGCGUAUUUAAAGUAAUCCUAUCGUAGAUCGACAUUGUGUCUGUUGUAAAUAUAUUUUCUUUACGCCCUAGAAACAAGUGGAAUGGUUCGAGGAGCAUUCGUAAAGUGUAAAUAUGCCGCUGGUAACAUGCCGAAACUAUUGCGGGCAGCUGGGUUGUCUGUAAACCUAUAGUUAAAUGUAAAUAGUUAAUUCAAGUGAUGCUACUAUGGGAAAAUUUAUCGAAUAUUAUUGCAUCACGUAGAUAUUCAUGUCAUGACUUCAGAUAAUCUCAAGAAUAGCGGUCGAACAAAUGCAUUACCAACGACAGAGGUGCUACAGUUCCUCGCAAUUAUUUUGCAUUAACUAGCGAUAAUGUAGUGAAACUACUCUAGUUAUUUAUUACGUAGUCAAUGCGGGCAUACGAAAUCAUAAUAGUGAAUAUUUCGAUGUGAAAUCUCUAUACUUUUGUGUAUGAACUAUGAAUAUAAAGGUAGUAUUUACAUGUUGCUUUAUUGCGAGUUUAAAUAAGACUCCCAUACUUGUAUCUAUGACCGUGAGAAAUUUUCUAUGGUCUUGAUAAAGUUGAUUUAACGAGGCCCUAUCAUGAUGAAUUGUCAGACUAAUUGGGUAGAUAGGAAAUCGAUUAGAUUUGAGGUUGCAUUAAUCAUGAUUAUUUAGGCCAUUUUAAUCAUAUUCUUAGUCAAGUUGCAGUGUAUAUAUAAGUGACUGAGCUUAUAGAUUCGAUUAUCCAAUGAAAUUUCUUAGUGGGGAUAUGCGUCAAGUAGACGUCCUGUUGUAAAAACUAGAUCGUUUUUACAAUAAAUGUAAAUAUAUUGCAUAAAAAUAAAAAAUCUUGACAAGACCCACGCUAAAAAAGUUCGGCUAAAAUGUCUGGUGAAUAGUCGAAUAUUCGUCUCGCAAGUAUGGGAAAGACGACACAAUAUUGGCGUUGCUAUACAUGGUAGAUUCUAUAAUAUCUCAAUCGACGUUGUAUUUAGAUAAUUACGAUUAUUCAUCAUUGUGUAAAUUGAUAAAUUCAUGUCGUAACUAAUCUUAAUAGUAUCGAUAACGUGAGAAUUAAAUUCUGAACUUUAACUCUACGAUGUAAGGUUAAAUAUUCUAUUAUUAGUGUUGUACAUAUUUUAUGAUUUGUCUAUAUGUGCUAGUGCGUCAGAACAUCGAUGUUGUUCUUUAGACGCGUCUAUAUGCCAAUGCGGUAAUAAUAUCUUCCAUUGUUAGUGAAAAUAUUUGUUCGUGUAAAUAACGCGUCAGUGAAACUGAUGGAAGGAACUGCUUAUGUUUCCUAUACGUGUUGAUAUCAUUGGCAUGACACAAAUUCGUCUGUUGUAACUGGCUUUGAGGAGGUGACAAUGUUGGUAUAGCUUGAGUUUAUAUACAUGGACCUUAGGUAUACUGGAAUAAAGUAAAUAAUGGGGUAACAUUGUCAUUUACUCACGAGUCUAAUAGUGUAUAAUACUCAUUGUGUGUGUAUAUUUCGUUUUUAAUAAAUUGUAUAAUAGUUAAUGUUAUUUUCUUCAAAGCCGAUUGGCUGUAUAAAUCAUGACUUAAUUCGCUUGCAAUAUUUAGAAAAAAUCAUAUGGCGCUUAAUCAAAUAUAAUAUGUAGUAAAAUUUUAAUGGCGCAUAAUCAAAUAUAAUAAGGCUUUAAACGUUGCAUCAUGUUAAUCAAUUAACAGUUUCUUUAAUUGUAAAGGGGUACUUCCAUAAACGAGAAUCCGCGGUGAUUUUGCUCUCGUUUUUUAGGAAAUUCCAUAACAAUGAAUUCUUCCGCCAGUGUUUCGCGACGGAUAGUAAAUAAUUACCAUAUUGAAAUCAGUAUGAUAAUAAACAAUAUAGAUAACGUUCAGUUAAAUGGUAUUACCUGUAUAAUAAUAGGUGCGUUCUAAAUUUAGCAUGCGAUAUUAUAGUCAUAGCAUAGGCAAAGUACUUUUUUGUAAAUGGGCAAUUAUGAAAGUCUAUAGCUUUUUCUUAUGAGUGAUAAGCAAAAAGCAUGUCCUUAUAUUAAAUAUUUAUCACAGCUGCUGUUUUUGUCGCAUGAAAAUCGUUCGUGGAAGUGCACCUUAAGAUAGUAAAAUAAUGGAUUAUAAAAUUUACUUGGAUCUAGAAAGUUCCGCGUUGUGGGCCGUACUUUCUAAGUAUUCAACAUUUGCAUUGCAACGACGUCGCGCCAGAAUUAUUUGCGCUUAACUUUAGAUAUGUUUAAAUAUUGCACGUAAUUUAACACGUUCCCUAUAAAUCGUUUAGUUUAUUCAGUGAUACUUAGUCUUUUCUAUAUUUAGAAAAUGUUCUAAGUAUUUAAGACGAUGUAGUCACGUCGCUUAGUGAUUUUACUGUGGGAUUGAUUUCACGAGGAUUAGUAAUUAACAAAGGUUCCUAAUAAUAAAUUCAAUGUAUUCUACAUUGCUCGCUGAUUCGUUAAAUCCUACGGUAGUUAUUGAACCGGCGUCAUAGUGAACGUGUUAACUGCGAACAAAUGACUGAUAGUCUAGAAAUUUUAGGUCAUAUUUGUCUCGAGUUUUCGCGGGCAUUGUUACUCGAAUGGAAAUUUAGUAGCACUUAUUUCGUGUUGCACGUUUUCAUUAAUUAUUUAUAAUCAUUUUUGUAUAAUAAAAUGCCUUGUAUUAUAUGGGAGCUAUGUAAUUAUUACGGCUUCACGAUUUGACUAUUUCUAAAAAUGGAAUAUAUUAUUUAUGACAAAGUUACGUUUUUCAUGUUAAUACGAAUAUAAUGCAAAAUUA